AUGUGGCAGGGCCCGGAGGUGACACGGCCUGGGGCCGCUCGGGGCGCUCUCUCGGGGCGCUCUCUCGGGGCGCUGUCUCCGGGCGCUGUCUCCGGGCGAGCGGCGCCUCCGCGGCCGCUCAUUGGCGGGAGGCACGAGCGAUCUGUUUUCCCAUUGGCUACGCGCCGGCGGGCGGGGCCAAUCGCGGCGCAGCGCUUUGCCGGCCGGGCGGCUGUCACAUGGCCGACAGAGCCGCUCACGUUGCGCGGGGAGGUGCGAGGCGGCCGCGCGGGCGCUGAUUGGCCGAGCGCCUCGGGCGCUGGCCAAUGGGCGGGGGCGCGCGGGGUGCGGCGGCCGUUGGGUCGGCGCGAGGACAACGGGCGGAACUCGCCUCAGGCCGCCCCGCGGCGGCCCGCGCCGAGAGCGGCCCGGAGCCAUGGAGCCCCUCACGCCGUUCUGUGUGUUCUGACGUCCCUGUCCUUUUCCCUGUCCCCGCAGCCCAACGUGGCGUUCCGAGGCGGCGGCCGCUGCUGGGGCAGUGCGGAAGGAGGCGGGAGGCCCACGGAUGUGUUCAGCACCGCCCUGCCGGGCUCUGCCUCGCUCUACGGCUGCUACAAAUCACAGAAUGAAGAAAAUGUGCAGUUACCUCAGGCCUACAGUUCUUCCCUUUCAACAUCAGAGUACUCUGCACCCAUGGAUCCUUCCCUUUUGUACCCCCCUUGGUCUACAUGUACAGAUGACACCAAGCAGCCUGCUGCUCCUCAGAUUAACCUGAAGUCCAGGAUUCAGCCUGAAAGGAAUGAUUAUGGCAGUGAAACUGAUUUGUAUGGACUCGUGUCAGACAUCUUGGAAGAACAAGACAAACCACAGCCGUGCUUUGCUGAGGGGAGUUGCCCUCCCACCCUGAAGUCUGUGUGGCCAGUGAACACAACCAGAAUGGAGCACCAUGACCUGUUGCCAGAAGCCAGGAGGGCAGUUGUUGGAGCAGUGCCCCAGCAGGGUUUCUAUGGCAGUGAGUCCCUCCCUACUGCUGACAAGCAGUUCCUGCAGAGUCCCACUCUGGUGGCACAGCAGAAAGCAGACGAUUGUUACCGCAGCUUUGCCGGAGUGGAUCUGGAAGAGCAGAGCUUGUACUCUGCCAGGAGUGAUCGUGCCAAUGGCUGCAACUUGCAGACUAAUGAGAGUAUGAAGACAACACCUGUAUAUCAGAACUAUCCCUACAUGAAGAACACUUUUGCAGCCCAGGCUGGGUACUCAGAAGCAAUCAAAGACUCAGGAGUUGAUGCUUAUUCUUAUGGAAGGGAGAAGGUGUGUCCCAAAGGAGCAGAUGCACAGGCGCACCCAAAGCGGGCAGAAGCAUUCCUUCCACAGUGUCACAGAUACAAUGAGAUCACAGAUUAUACCAGAUACACUGAAUAUUCUCAUGCUGGUAAAGCGAAGCCCAACAAGGGCACCAGUUGUAGCCUCCAAGAAAAUAGAAAGCUGGUAAAUGGAACCCCUGAGGCACCAUCUCUGGAUGCAGAGCCCUAUGCUAAAUUAUUUCAAGUUAAAUCAGGAACUCAGAAAAAAUUUGAAGAUACAAUUUCAGAUCAGCACGACUUUACAUUUCCCAAGUCUGUAGGACUUGUAUCAGAAAAACAGUUUGCAAACGAAUCUUCCUUUGGCACUGAUUUUGGGCAAAAAUUUGAAUAUGGACUAAAAUCUUUUGCAGCUUGUCCAGGGAAUAAUGGUGUGGAAAAGCAGCAGCUUUCCAAGGCCGAUCUUCAGAAUCCUGAAUUCUAUAAAUCACUCCCACUGUUGCCCAGUGCAACAGUCCCCUCAGCAGGCUCUAGUGCUAGGCCAGGAUGGAUGAACAUCCAAACCAAACCCACGGCUUCUGGCCCCUUCCAGAAUCCAAGUCCUUCGUUGAAACUGAAUAAUCAGUCACCUGCAUUUCCAAAAAGUUCUCGUCAUUCUAAUGAUGGUUUUCAGUUGCCAUCUUCAAAUUUGCCUUUAAAUAGUAAUUUACUUCACAAGUACUGUCAAGACAACACAUUACUCUCCAGCCUUGACUUCAACUACAGCACUGCAGAGCGAGCUCGGGCAGCUGCGUGCAUGGAAGCCCUGGUUAGGGGUGGGGAAGAGAACUUCAUCGAGUACCUCAGUGAGAAGAAGUUGAAGCAGCCAAAUGGAUUCUGUGACAGUUACUUGGCUCAGCAGCUGGGGAUCAUUGACAAUCUGAACAAACAGCGUUUCCAGCUGAAGCCGCAGAGUGAGCACUGUGAUCUGGAAGGGCAGAACCAGGCGGAUGAGGUGUUUCAGGACAUGCACCAGGAGUUACUGGAGUCUCAGGGGCAGCUGCAUCUUGGGGCAGGGAACGGGGACACCAGUGCCAUUGGUGCUGGGAGCUGCCUGCAGUCUCCAGGCAUUCCCAACUACGUGGUAGGUGACUUCAGGCGGAACCGGCGGCUGGGCCCCAGCACCUUCCCCAUGAGAUCUGCUCACCUCUUGGACCGGUCCGUGGUGCCUCUGAUGGAGCCUCACACCUUGUUCUCCCAGAACGAUCUCAAACGCCUCUACCCCUGCUUUACGGAGAAGAUGUAUGGUGACAAUGCCCUUUCUGGUUUCGUGUCAGCAUUUGGAUUUCAAAAGCAAGUUAAAAGUCGCAGUGGGCCUGCCAGCGAGCUGCAUGUGAGACUGGAAGAGUGUUAUGAGCAGUGGAGAGCUUUGGAGAAAGAAAGAAAGAAGACUGAAUCAGCUCUUGCUAAGAAUUUCCAAGGGAAGAAGGUUUCCAGUACUAACAGCAUUCCAAUUCCAAGGCUGACAUCAAAUCCAUCAAGGGUUGAUCGCUUAAUUGUGGAUCAGCUACGGGAACAAGCCAGAGUUGUGACUUUACUGGGGAAGAUGGAGCGCCUGCGCAGUUCUCCGCUCCACCCCAACAUCUACACUGCUCUGGAUAAACUCCUGGAGUCGAUCCACGUGGUGCAGGCUCAGAGGAAGGAUGAAAUCGUCAGUGCUUCCAGUCGGCAGCGGCACGGCCCUCCCAGGUGCCAGGAUGAGAGAGUGGUGCUGGCUCUGGCCACGGCGCUGCAAGCCCUGUGCCUGGUCACGCGCAAGGUGCGCACCGUGCUGUGGUGCGCCUUCCAGAUGACCCUGCCCAAACCCUCUGCUGGCAGACGAGCUCGGGACAGACUUCCCCAGGAGGGGACAGCACCCGAAGAGAAGCGAGCCGAGACCCCCCUGGCCGCGGCCGCGGCCCCGCGAGGGCCCAGGGAAGGGGGUGCAGAGGGAGCCCCGGGGCCGGGCACGGACCUGCUCCGCAGUGUGUAUGAGAGAGGAGACGUGAAUUCCUCGUAAUUUUUGGUUCUUUUAAGUUACUUCAAAGUUUCAACUGCUAAAGUUCAUAUUUAAAGCUGUAUCUUGAUGAGAAGUGACAUUUGCCUUAAGG